UCAAAGAUGUCCAAAGUCGAACGCAUAGUCACUAUUCUCUUGAAGAGUGAUAGUAACGUGACUAGGUGUCGUCCCAUGGUACGGUUCCAAGCCAUAUUGUUCGUUCCUCGAUUCAUCCGACCCGAAUCGGAUCGCGCCUGGUGGAGUUUUCGUCGCUUCUCCAAACCGAGGACAACCCACAUUCACCUCAACCACCCUCUGGCCCCAAGGUUUCCGCAUCAAAAGCCCCUAACAACGCCCACACCAGCGCAGCACUGCCAUGUCACCAUACGAGACACCAUACAACUCUCCUAAUUAUGUCAAGCUAUGCUUGAACAUAUGGGAGCUCACCCCCUUGAUGAAGCGGAACCGGCCUAUCGGCCGUCGAACCCUCAGCGUGGAUCCAGGUCUGGCAGAACUCCUACCAGACGUAUAUGGCAAAGAUGUAGAGUGCAAAGGGGAGAUGCGACGACGCACUUCAACCCUACGACCAGACGAAUACAGCAACGACGAGUACGAGGGUCGCAAAGAAGAGAAACGACGACGCAAAUCAGAACCCUCUCUUCCUGCAACGACGUGGGAUAGACUCGACGGGAACAAUAUAUUUAAGCCUACUAGACGACGCGACUCGGGGCUUUCUCCCCAUAACCCGAAUACAUCAUCUCCAUACAAGGCCCUGGUCCCACCACUCGAAGCCUACUUACAAACCAACCUCCCUCUCCCAACCGCAACUCAAGACUCAUCUGGCCCUUACACCGCUCUCCACCCCUUCAUCCGCCGCGCCCUGCACUCCGACCGCUUCAACAUCCGCACGCACAAGUACGAAUUAUCUUUCUACGAGCCGUACUAUGGACCCCGCGAGCACGCUAUCCGCGCUGACGAUCCGGAUAUCCCAGCAGACAGGACCAUCCCAAGCCCAGUGAAGCUGCCGCCACAGAGUUAUAAUAGAGGCUGGCGGCAAAGGGAGGAGUACAAAGAGGAGAGGAGGCGGCAGCGAGAAAAGCAGGAAGGGGAAAGGAAGGGGCAGUGGGAGAGGCGGCUUAAGAGAAUUGCGAGGGUUAGGGCGAGGUGGGGGUCAGCAUCGCAAUGGCAGUUUAACCAUGCAACGACGCUUGCAUACAUGGCGUCUGGGUAGUUUGGAGAGAAUUAUCUCUCUGAACAGGUUGGGUCUACGAUAAUGCUGGCAGGGACGCUUUCGGAGUAGUCUGGGGCGGGUGUUUUUACUUUCCAUCUUGAGUCUACGAGCUCGCUACCCGAGAUGCGGUCAGGCAAGUCUGGGGAGGGG